AUGACAAGUUUGUUCAAAAGUUCGCCGUAUAGACGACGGCGAGACGAUUUGGAAGAUGGAGGAAGUCGUUCUACUGACUUUGAUGCCAACGGCGAAUCUUCGGAUCCUUUUGAUAUCCCCAGCACCAAAAACGCCUCCAUCGACCGCCUCCGCCGCUGGCGGCAAGCUGCGCUUGUGCUUAAUGCUUCUAGAAGAUUUCGAUAUACAUUGGACUUGAAAAAGGAAGAAGAGAAGAGACAAAUAUUAAGGAAGAUAAGAGCACAUGCACAAGUGAUACGGGCUGCUUAUCUUUUCAAAGAAGCUGCCACAAGAGUAAAUGGAACCACAGAAUCACAUCCAUCCCCAGUUGGUGAUUUUCGAAUUAGCCAAGAGCAACUUUCUGCAAUCACGAGGGAUCAUAAUCAUGAUGUUUUGGAGGAACUUGGUGGGGUAAAAGGGGUUGCAGAUGCCUUAAAAACUAAUGUAGAGAAGGGAAUUUAUGGAGAUGAUGCUGAUUUACUGAAACGGAAGAAUGCAUUUGGAUCAAACACAUAUCCUCAGAAAAAAGGAAGGAGUUUUUGGAUGUUCCUUUGGGAAGCUUGGCAAGAUCUUACUCUGAUCAUAUUGAUGAUUGCUGCAGUGGCUUCUUUGGUGCUGGGCAUAAAGACAGAGGGUAUUAAGGAAGGAUGGUAUGAUGGGGCCAGCAUUGCUUUUGCAGUUAUUCUUGUUAUUGUUGUGACAGCUGUUAGUGACUACAGACAAUCUCUUCAAUUCCAAAAUUUAAACGAGGAAAAGAGAAACAUACAUUUGGAGGUUAUCAGAGGAGGUAGAAGAAUUGAAGUGUCAAUAUAUGAUAUUGUUGUUGGUGACGUUAUACCCCUUAACAUUGGUGAUCAAGUUCCUGCUGAUGGAAUUUUAAUUACCGGUCACUCCCUAGCUAUUGAUGAAUCAAGUAUGACUGGAGAAAGCAAGAUUGUUCAAAAGAAUUCCAGGGAACCAUUUCUAAUGUCCGGCUGCAAAGUUGCAGAUGGUAGUGGCUCUAUGCUGGUGACGGGUGUUGGAAUUAAUACUGAGUGGGGUUUGCUCAUGGCUAGUAUUUCAGAAGACACUGGUGAAGAAACACCUUUGCAGGUGCGCUUGAAUGGGGUUGCGACUUUUAUAGGUGUUGUGGGGCUUACAGUAGCUUUGCUUGUCUUGAUAGUCCUUUUAGUCAGAUAUUUCACUGGCCAUACGAAAAAUUUUGAUGGAAGUGCUCAGUUUAAAGCGGGUAAAACUAAAGCUAGUACAGCAGUAGAUGGAGCCGUUAAAAUUCUCACUGUUGCGGUUACCAUUGUUGUAGUUGCAGUGCCUGAAGGGCUUCCCUUAGCAGUUACUUUAACUCUUGCAUACUCGAUGAGAAAAAUGAUGAGAGAUAAAGCUUUGGUGCGCCGGCUGUCUGCCUGUGAAACUAUGGGCUCUGCCACAACUAUUUGCAGUGAUAAGACUGGGACUUUAACCUUGAAUCAGAUGACUGUUGUGGAAGUUUAUUCCGGAGGACAAAAAAUCGAACCUCCAGACAGUAAAUCACAGUUGCCUCCUAUUUUGUCUUCUUUACUUGUUGAAGGCAUUGCACAGAACACAACCGGCAGUGUUUUUGUUCCUGAGGGAGGUGGAGAUCUAGAGAUUUCUGGAUCGCCAACAGAAAAGGCCAUUCUUGGAUGGGCAGUCAAGCUGGGGAUGAAUUUCGAUGUUGUCCGAUCUGAAUCCAAUGUCAUCCAUGUAUUCCCAUUCAACUCUGAGAAGAAAAAAGGCGGCGUGGCACUGCAACUGACUGACUCUCAAGUGCAUAUACAUUGGAAGGGGGCUGCCGAAAUAGUCUUAGCCUCUUGUUCAGAAUACGUUGAUGCAAGUGGUAAUAUAGUGCCAUUGGAUCAAGAUAAGAUGUCGUUUUUUAAGAAAGCCAUUGAAGAUAUGGCAUCCUGUAGUUUGCGUUGUGUUGCCUUUGCGUAUAGAACAUAUGACAUGGACAAAGUUCCAGCCGAUGAACAAGAGCUAACUCAAUGGGAAUUACCUCAAGGUGAUCUUGUUUUGCUUGCCAUUAUUGGCAUAAAGGACCCAUGUCGUCCAGGUGUGAGAGAUGCUGUUCGACUGUGCCAAAAUGCUGGUGUUAAGGUACGCAUGGUAACUGGUGACAAUCCUCAAACUGCUAAAGCAAUUGCUUUGGAAUGUGGUAUACUGAGUUCAGAAGAAGAUGCUGUGGAGCCUAAUGUUAUUGAAGGAAGAGUGUUUCGUAGCUAUUUAGAUGCAGAAAGGGAAGAAAUUGCUGAGAAGAUCUCAGUGAUGGGGAGGUCUUCUCCGAAUGACAAGCUUCUGCUUGUGAAAGCAUUGAAAAAGAGGGGACAUGUUGUUGCUGUAACUGGAGAUGGAACAAAUGAUGCUCCUGCACUAAAUGAGGCAGACAUUGGUCUUUCAAUGGGUAUUCAAGGAACAGAAGUUGCUAAAGAAAGCUCAGAUAUCAUAAUUUUGGAUGACAAUUUUGCUUCAGUCGUGAAGGUUGUGCGUUGGGGUAGAUCUGUAUAUGCAAAUAUCCAGAAAUUUAUCCAGUUUCAGCUUACCGUUAAUGUUGCAGCUCUUAUUAUAAAUGUUGUGGCUGCAAUUUCUUCUGGUGAUGUCCCCUUAAAUGCAGUGCAGCUCCUUUGGGUUAACCUUAUCAUGGAUACGCUUGGAGCAUUGGCAUUGGCUACCGAGCCUCCGACAGAUCAUCUGAUGCAGAGACCUCCAGUUGGUCGCAGGGAGCCACUAAUAACAAAUAUCAUGUGGAGGAACCUCCUGAUACAGGCAGCUUAUCAAGUGAGUGUGUUGCUUGUCCUUAAUUUUCGAGGGCGGAGUUUACUGGGUUUGGAGCAUGAAACCCCUCAGCGUGCAAAUAUAGUGAAGAAUACCUUGAUAUUCAAUGCGUUUGUGCUCUGUCAGAUCUUCAAUGAAUUCAAUGCCCGGAAGCCAGAUGAAUUUAAUAUUUUCAAAGGGAUUACAAAAAACCGCCUAUUCAUUGGUAUAAUCGGAAUAACACUUGUACUUCAGGUAAUCAUAAUUGAGUUUAUUGGGAAGUUUACUGAUACGGUCAGGCUCAAUUGGAAACAGUGGCUGAUUUCAGCAGUUAUUGGUGUUAUCAGUUGGCCGCUUGCUGUUGUCGGUAAACUGAUACCUGUUCCACAAACUCCCUUGCACAAGUUCUUUACAAUGAUGUUUCAUCGAAGUUGUAACACUCCAAGUAGUCAGUAG